AUGCAACUCGACAAGCCACAGGAGACUGUGGAGUUGAUCAAGCAUGGCGAAAUUGAUGAAUCUCUCUAUAGCCGGCAACUUUAUGUGCUAGGCCACGAGGCUAUGAAACGUAUGGGUUCAUCCAACAUUCUUAUUGCCGGUUUGAAAGGCCUUGGUGUCGAAAUCGCCAAGAACAUCGCUCUGGCCGGCGUGAAGUCACUCACACUCUUUGAUCCCGCCCCCGUCGCCAUUUCGGAUCUCUCCUCCCAGUUUUUCUUGCAGCCGCAAGAUGUUGGCAAGCGUCGUGCGGAUGUUACAGCACCGCGCGUUGCUGAACUCAACUCAUAUGUCCCCGUUACUAUUUUUGAAUCGGACAAUCUUACGGCCGAACUGUCGCAGUUGAAACGCUUCCAGGUCGUCGUACUGACUGACACUCCCCUCAAAGACCAAUUAGUGAUUGCAGACUUCUGUCACGAAAAUGGUAUCUACGUUGUUGUUGCAGACACAUUUGGACUUUUUGGAUAUAUCUUCAACGAUUUUGGAAAGAACUUCACAGUUGGCGACGCCACUGGUGAGGAUCCCGUUGGUGGUAUCGUCGCAGAUAUCGACGAUAGUGGCUUGGUUUUUGCUCUGGACGAGAGCCGACACGGCUUGGAGGAUGGUGAUUACGUGACAUUCACGGAAAUUAAAGGCAUGGAAGGUCUUAACAAUGGUGACCCGCGUAAGGUUACUGUUAAAGGUCCCUACACCUUCUCCAUUGGAGACGUUUCUGGUCUCGGCAAAUACCAGGGCGGGGGUCUUUUUACGCAAGUCAAGAUGCCCAAGUUUCUAGACUUCCAGCCCCUAAGAGAGCAAUUGAAAAAGCCGGAAGUUCUCAUUUCCGACUUUGCAAAGUUUGAUCGCCCUCAGCAAUUGCACAUUGGUGUUCAAGCUCUCCAUCAUUUUGCCGACGCUCACAAAGGUGAAUUCCCUCGUCCUCACCAUGAAGCUGAUGCCGAAGAGGUCCUGAAGAUCGCCAAGGAUCUAGCAAGUCAAACUGAGGAAAAGGUUGAGCUGGACGACAAGCUUAUUAAAGAACUCAGCUACCAAGCACGCGGUGACUUGAACCCUCUAGCUGCUUUCUUCGGUGGCUUAGCCGCUCAGGAGGUCUUGAAGGGAGUGUCAGGAAAGUUCCAUCCUGUUGUUCAAUGGCUCUAUUUUGAUUCUUUGGAAUCCUUGCCAGAAUCCGUGACUCGUUCUGAAGAAACUUGCAAGCCGCUUGGCACUCGUUAUGAUGGCCAGAUUGCCGUCUUUGGAAAGGAAUUCCAAGAGAAAAUUGCCAACCUUAAUACAUUCCUUGUCGGAGCUGGCGCUAUCGGUUGUGAAAUGCUCAAGAACUGGGCCAUGAUUGGUCUUGGUGUUGGUGAGAAGGGCAAGAUUCGCGUCACCGAUAUGGAUCAGAUCGAAAAAAGUAAUCUUAAUCGUCAGUUCCUCUUCCGUUCCAAGGACGUCGGCAAGUUAAAGAGCGAUUGUGCGUCCGCCGCAGUUCAAGCUAUGAACCCUGAAUUGAAUGAGAAAAUCAUCACACUCCGAGACCGUGUCGGUAAUGACACGGAACAUGUUUUUAAUGAACAAUUUUGGGGCGAACUGGACCUUGUCACUAAUGCGCUGGACAAUGUUGACGCCAGAACUUACGUCGACCGCCGUUGCGUCUUCUUCCGCAAGCCACUUCUUGAAAGCGGAACGCUAGGCACCAAGGGAAAUACUCAAGUCGUUUUGCCUCACAUUACAGAGUCUUACUCUAGUUCUCAAGACCCUCCUGAAAAGUCAUUCCCCAUGUGCACUUUGAAGAGCUUCCCCAAUCGCAUUGAGCAUACCAUAGCGUGGGCACGUGACCUUUUCCAGACGUACUUCGUUGGUCCCCCGGAGGCAGUCAACCUUUACCUAUCUGAGCCAAAUUACAUUGAGAAGACCCUCAAACAGGCCGGUAAUGAGAAGCAGACUCUUGAGCACCUCCGAGACUUCUUGGUGACAGACAAACCCUUGAGCUUUGACGACUGUAUCGUUUGGGCUCGCAACCAGUUCGAGGCUCAAUACAACAAUGCUAUCCAGCAGUUACUAUAUAACUUCCCUCGCGACUCUACAACAUCUUCUGGACAGUUUUUCUGGUCUGGACCUAAGCGCGCUCCUACACCCUUGAAGUUCGACGCUUCAAAUCCUACCCACCUCGGGUUCAUUAUUGCCGCAGCCAACCUGCAUGCCUUCAACUAUGGAAUCAAAGCUCCCACGACAGACAAGGCACAUUUCAAGAAAGUCGUUGAUGAUAUGAUUAUCCCAGAAUUCACGCCCAGCUCGAGUGUCAAGAUCCAGGCUGAUGACAAUGAGCCUGACCCGAAUGCUCAACCUUCUGGAUCCGCACUUGACGACAACGAGGAGAUUGAGAAACUUGUAAGCUCCUUGCCGUCGCCCAAGUCUCUGGCCGGUUUCCGUCUGGUUCCUGUUGAGUUCGAAAAGGAUGACGACACUAAUUACCAUAUUGACUUCAUCACUGCGGCAAGCAACUUGCGUGCGGAGAAUUACGAUAUACCGCAAGCAGAUCGACACAAGACCAAAUUCAUUGCCGGCAAGAUUAUUCCAGCCAUUGCAACUACGACAGCUCUUGUCACUGGCCUGGUGAUUCUGGAAUUGUACAAGAUCAUCGAUGGUAAAGAUGACAUCGAGAAAUACAAGAACGGGUUUAUAAACUUGGCAUUGCCGUUCUUUGGGUUCAGCGAACCCAUUGCUAGCCCCAAGGGCAAAUAUCAAGGCAAGAAAGGCGAAGUGACGAUUGACAGGCUGUGGGACCGAUUUGAGGUGGACGACAUUCCAUUACAAGACUUUUUGAAGCACUUCUCGGACCUUGGUUUGGAAGUUACCAUGGUCAGCUCUGGAGUCAGCUUGCUCUAUGCUAGUUUCUACCCGCCAUCGAAAUUAAAGGACCGCUUGCCCUUGAAAAUGUCCAAGCUAGUAGAGCACAUUAGCAAGAAUCCUGUGCCGGAACACCAAAAGAACGUCAUCUUUGAGGUGACUGCAGAGGACCAGACGGAGGAAGACGUCGAGAUACCUUAUGUGAUGGUGAAAUUUUACUGGCCGAUAGGGAGAUUGCUUGCUAAUCGUCGCGGAUACCCCUCUCCGUCUACUUCGCAUUCAGAGAACAACAGCUUAUAUUUAACCAAUGUCUUUGCCACCACUGCAAUUGAAAUCAUUCUUCUCAUUCUCAAUCUCCAGAAAUCUGCCACGCGUAACAAUUACAGGAAAAGCCACGUUCCACAGCAUAAGAACCAUGGCGGUAACGAUCAACCAAUUACCGACUGGGUAUCUCGCAACGACAAGUCUGGAGAAUUCAAGCGCGGGGUAUCGCAAUUCCGCAAUUUCAUCUCGAAGCAGCCCGGCGCACAGUUUCCACCGGAGAAGAACCGCUAUCAUCUCUAUGUUUCGUAUGCUUGUCCGUGGGCUCAUCGAACUUUGAUUACUCGCAAGCUCAAGGGAUUAGAGGAUAUCAUCCCUGUUACGUCCGUGCAUUGGCAUAUGGGAGAGAAAGGAUGGCGAUUUGUCACUCCAGAUGAGAAGCUUCCCGGAGCUGAUGUCCAUCCAGACCCUAUUCACCCUCAAUUCACGCAUUUGCGCGACAUAUAUUUCGAUGUAGACCCGGAGUACAAGGGACGCUUUACCGUGCCGACGCUAUAUGACACCAAGACCAAGUGCAUUGUCUCGAACGAGAGCUCGGAAAUCAUCCGCAUGUUCUACUAUGAAUUCGACGACCUCCUACCGGAACAAUACAAGAACAUCGACCUCUUCCCGCAAUCCCUCCGGCAAGAAAUCGAAUCAUCCAACGAAUGGAUCUACAACGACGUGAACAACGGCGUAUACAAAUCGGGCUUUGCCACCACUCAAGAAGCCUACGAAAAAGCGGUCACGACACUAUUCGCAGCACUCGACAAAAUUGAAGCGCAUCUUUCCCGCCGCCAGAAGGAGGAGAACAAAAUAUAUUUCUAUGGCGAUAGCGUCACAGAGGCUGACAUUCGUCUCUAUACCACUAUUGCCCGGUUUGAUGCUGUCUAUGUACAGCAUUUCAAGACGAAUCUGCGAGAUAUUCGUUCGGGCUAUCCGGCUAUUCACAAGUGGCUGAGGCAUUUGUACUGGGAUAUCCCUGCGUUUGGGGAUACAACACAAUUUGAGCAUAUCAAGAAACAUUAUACCAAGUCGCAUGGACAGAUUAAUCCGUUUGCGAUUACGCCGUUGGGGCCUGUGCCGGAUAUUUUGCCUAAAGAUCAGGAGGUUAAUGCUGUGAAUUAUUGA